UUUGCUUGUGUGAUUGUUUUCCAAUUCAGUCGUCGAUUGAUAGUGGUGAUCAGCGAAGAGCGAAAGGAAACCGACAAGCAAAGCAAAAAAAAAAGACGAAGGGAAAGAAUUGUCUCCAGUGAUAAGCAAGCGACGGGCAGCGAUUUUCGAUUUUUCUUGCUUGGUGAAAUAACCCACGAAUUGGGACCUUUUUUCGGAUAGAUAAGCCGGAAGGAUGCUUCCGCUUGUAGCGGAUCUAUGCGACGCCUUAGGAAAUCGUUCCGAGUACGCUACUAAAGAUUCCUCACUCAUCAAGCUUCUGGAAAUAUGACUCCUCUUCCAUGGCAUCCCAUUGACAAUUUGCGACAAUUUAUUAAUCUUCAGCAAUUAUGCAAGACUGAUUUACGUUAAAAUCGUACACGCGAAAACAAUAAGCAUUUAAUCAAGAGGUGGCAAGCUUCGCACAACAAGCCCUACAAGCAAGCAAAUAACCACAAUCCACAAUCGACGGCAGGAUGUCUUACUCAAACGGAACUCAGCUCAAAUCAUCUCCUCCGCCAGGGGGAGCACCGAGUGGUGGAGGCGCCGGUCAGCCGCGUCCUCCAGGCCGACCCCAAAACUAUACAAUCUACAACAAAGACUCGGACCGGUUGCUGUGGGAAAUGAGGGCGACCAACAGGACCCCAAAUACCACCCCGGUCAGUACGGUGCUAAACUCGCCGGAUCUUACCGACCUGGACACGAAGAUGCGCUACCAGCACAGCACCCUGAUGCAGCACCAUCAGAUUAAGGUGGGCCGCAGUCCGGUCGGAAGUGGGGGCAACAAUGACAGUAAUAAUUCUACCAACCCGUCGAGCCCAACGCAGGUCCAUUCGCUGCAGGAGCACCCUGGUCAGUACCAAAUGCACCAACGGGAGGCUGCGUUCUCGUCGUUCUCUUUGUUGUCGGACGGAGAGAUGGUUGUGUUCGACGACAUCGAUACCGUAGGGAACAACUGGCGGAUGAGUGGGGACCAAGGUAUACUAGGGAGUUCCCCGGUGCCCUCGGAGAACGAGGACAGCUGCGGUUCCGACAGGGGGGGUAGUAGUGCUGCCGGACGGGACGGCGAUGGUGACGAGAGGAAUUACUACGAUGUGGAUAGCACGAAGAUUCAGCGGAUUAUCGGCGGGUUGACGAUCGCGGAGUACGAGGGUUCUCCGCGGAGGUUCGGUAAUAUCGAUCGGGAGGAUGUGGAACAAGGAGGUGGAAAGCCACCCGGGAGACCACGGCCGGGAUUUCCGAAGCGGGUGAUUUCACCAUGUUUAUCGGAAGCCAAUCAAACGCCGAGGGCCCAAUCUCAUCCGGAAUUGAUCGAUUUCAACGAGGAUGGCGAACCCGUCGAAGGCCGACGGCCCUUGAUUAUGACCAGCGAGAGUAAGUUCAAUCAAACGUACGUCGAUUAUUUCUCAUCCAGCAAUGAGCUUGAAGAGGCCGAUCAGCACAAUCAAACACCGACGAAUUUACUAACCAAUAACGAUAAUCUUAGUGGCGGUGGUGGAGGGAACGAUGAAAACUAUUUCUUUUCCUAUGGGAUCAAUCGGAAUGCUCAAAGCAACUCGUACGUCGGUCAGCGACUGGCUACCAAACCGAAUCUCAGUGAUGAUAUAGAGCGGGAUGAGGAUUCCGGUGAUCCUUUGCAGCGAGACGAACACCGGGUGGAACAGAGUUCUGAUGACAUUCAUCUCAGCAACAGCUAUCCGUACUAUCAAAAGCUUAAUAACAAUCACUACCAUUAUGCUAACUCGAACGCGCCCCAUGCGGACACUCAGCACUCUCAGCAACGCUUCUAUCAUUCCCAUUUCGCUCAUGCUCACGUCGGUUACGGGUCAAUCACAGGGGGUGGUGGGGAAUCAAGGGAUAUCGAGCUGUACAUUGACUCGGCGGGCAGUCGGAGUAGCGGAGGCGGUGAAUCGGAGCUGGAGCAGAGGUCGCACCAUGCGCACCAUCAACAUCAUCAUCAUCAUCAGCAGCAGCAACAGCACCAACAUCAGCAUCAACAUUCCAUCGAUAGUAAGUUGAGAAAUUUCACUCUUUCGCCGGAGACGACCGAUUACGAUUCGAACUGUGGCGAUCUGGACUCCGAAGUGUCCCUGCGCUACAUUGGGAAUGAAUAUGGUAUCUCCGGGGAUCUGAAUGGAUUAUCGGGACACGGAGGAAACGGUGGGACUAACGAUAGCGCCACGGACUAUGGUCGACUGUAUAGCAGUAUGCCAAUCCUCGAGGAUGGUCUCUCCAGUGGGCAUGCUUCCGAUACUGAGAACAAUCUACCUCUGCCCGGAUCGGGGAUUUCGAUAGUUAUGGACCAGCAUCAGCUGGCGGCUAGUGCUGGAGGUGCGGUCGAGACUGGUGUGCCAGCUGGGGUGGAGCAAGAGUCGGGGUAUCCUUUUAUAUCUUCCAUCAUGAUGGCUGCCGAGCAGCAGCAGCAGCAGCAGCAGCAGCAAGACCAACAACUGGACUCGAGUGACGUGGUACAGGAGGCUAUCAAAGACAUCAAAGCAGCUCUGCAGAAGACCAAAAUACUGCCUUCAACCGAGGGAAUCUCGGCGUUUGACUCCGAGCAGCAUGGACCCGAUGAGGCUGCAUCUCCUGUGUGGGUUCCCAGAUCAUACGACAAAUCCCGCGAGAGUUUGGAUUCCGAUCAGCCGGUGAAACUGUUGAGUGCGGACGAGGAGGAAGCGGACACCGAUUUGGAGACGGAUCGUCUCCUAGGCCAGCAGCGGUUAGAUGAGCAUGGUUUCGGCGAAGACAAGAGCUGGACGGAACGGCCAACGAUCCGAUCGGCACGGUCGCCAUCGGUGUCUCUGGUCAGCAAAAACCAGACCGCUAUCCGGGCCGGCGUUGGGACGCAACUGUCCGCCGAAUCGCCCGUGAACAACAACCUCGGUAUCACGGGUGUUUACGGGAACGGCGGCUCGAUGCAGUGUAUCACGACGGGGUCCGAAAAGGAGGACCUCAAGCAGCAGCCACUCACGCCUCCGGGCGAAACCAGUCCGGUGCUCAAAAGUGACAAAAAAGGCAAAAGCAAAACAAAGGAAGGCCUCCUAAAUCCCUCAGUACUGAUCGAGGGCGUUCUGUUCCGAGCGCGCUAUCUCGGCUCGACCCAGCUGGUGUGCGAGGGUCAGCCAACGAAGUCGACCCGCAUGAUGCAAGCCGAGGAGGCGGUUUCGAGGAUUAAGGCACCUGAGGGCGAAUCUCAACCGAGCACCGAGGUGGAUCUGUUCAUUUCGACGGAAAAAAUAAUGGUGCUCAAUACUGAUCUGAAGGAGAUCAUGAUGGACCACGCGUUGCGCACCAUCUCUUACAUUGCCGACAUCGGAGAUCUGGUGGUUCUGAUGGCACGAAGACGCUUCGUACCGCAGGAUGUGGAUCCGGGGGAUCCGGCGGCUCCGUUGGCGACAGCUGUGCAAGCUACCAUCAAUGCCGGGACUACCACUACCGGGGCCACCGACAGUGGCGGUAGUCCACCAAAGAAAUCCCUGCCGCGGGGUAACCGGACGCCUAAAAUGAUCUGCCACGUGUUCGAGAGCGAGGAGGCCCAAUUUAUCGCCCAGUCGAUCGGGCAGGCCUUCCAGGUGGCCUACAUGGAGUUCCUGAAGGCGAACGGAAUUGAGGAUCAUAGUUUUAUGAAGGAAAUGGACUACCAGGAGGUGCUCAAUAGUCAGGAGAUAUUCGGGGAUGAGUUGGAGAUAUUCGCCAAGAAGGAGCUGCAGAAGGAGGUUGUGGUGCCGAAAGCGAAAGGGGAAAUACUGGGGGUUGUGAUCGUUGAGUCGGGCUGGGGAUCGAUGCUACCAACAGUGGUGAUAGCGAAUUUGGCGUCCACAGGGGCGGCAGCCAGGUGCGGCCAGUUGAACAUUGGCGACCAGAUUAUAGCGAUCAACGGGUUGAGUUUGGUGGGACUGCCACUGUCCACCUGCCAGGGUUACAUUAAGAACACAAAGAAUCAGACGGCUGUGAAGUUUACCGUUGUACCGUGUGCGCCUGUGGUGGAGGUGCGAAUCAAGCGACCAAAUACGAAGUAUCAGCUCGGGUUCAGCGUGCAGAAUGGAGUGAUAUGUAGCUUGCUGCGGGGAGGCAUUGCCGAGCGGGGCGGUGUUCGUGUUGGCCACCGAAUAAUCGAAAUCAACAGCCAAAGUGUUGUGGCGGUACCACACGAGAAAAUAGUCAAUCUGCUGGCGACAUCUGUUGGCGAGAUUCAUAUGAAAACGAUGCCCACGUCGAUGUUCCGAUUGCUCACGGGGCAGGAAAAUCCUGUCUAUAUAUAAGGUGGGCGCAUCGACACCGACGAUCAAGUAUACAAAAGGUACUGAAACGAAACGCAGGUUUGGGCCCAUUCUUGGUGUUGGCCUCUUUCUACUAGAUAAAUUGAUGAAACACAAACGCUUUUAUGUUGAUACAAUAAUUUCGACACGAAACCAAGAGAUUGAAAGCAGAUAGGAUGUUAUUGAUGAAAAGUGAUGAGUAGUGUAGGUAUAGUUAAAACAAAAAGCGGAUCUCCUCAUCUGAUAACGAAGGAAAAACUAAAACUAAACCAGAUUUCAACCAACCAUUGUUCUUGCUCAGCUCGGACCAUUUUUUGGGGGCCUAACAGACGCAUCGCCACGUGCUGUUCACGCACAGUUCAAUACCAGCGCGCGUGAGUUACUUCUCUUUGUACGCAUACAUACACCUACGGAAACCUUUCUUCCACACACCGCAGCAUCAAAGCUCUGAGCUCCGUGACCAAAGUAAUAAUACUCUAUAUUAUGCCAGCGACGCCGGAAUAAUAACCGAAAAAAAGUUAUUCAAACAGCAGAAAUUAAUCAGGAGCAAUGUACACACAAUAGAUUAGAUCGGACAAAUUAUUCGAUUUCGAAUGAAGACGGAAAAAAAAACGAGAAAGAAAACGCUCGAACAGUAUAAAGUAUAAACAAAGAAAAGAAUUUAUUCUUAGCAAUAUAUACGUAUACAUAAAAAAAACCAAAUUGCAUCAAAUAUAAAACAUUGAAUCCAGCCAAAAGUGGUCGGCUUGAAUAGUGCUCUGCUUGUGCGCUUGAGCGGCGACAGCAUGUGGGAAAAUGUCGCAGAACACACACACACCAUCAAAAGCAACAUCGAGCAACACUCAUAGACACACGGAGACACAUACACACUACUAGUAAAGAAGCAAGCGCGUAAACAAAACUUAAGGUAAUUAUUACAAUACAUGUUAUACACACAUACUAUAUACUAAGUGAACGAAGCAAAAGCAAAAAAUUGAACAAAGCAAAAAGCAAAACAAACAAAAAAAUAUUUAUUGUGAUAAUAAGCAAGUAAUCAUCUCAAAACAAUCAGCAUCAAGACGUAAAGGUUGUUGAGAAUAAAGAAGAGUGAAAAAAGUGGGGAGGAAAUUAUUGAAAUGAGGCGGAAGUUUAGUAUGCAUGUGGAGAAGAAGGAAAGAAUUCCGUUCUUGCUCGACCGAAAAAAAUGGUUGGCUUAUAUCAUUUGUUUUUGUUUGCAUUGAUUAAUUUAUUGAGUGAAUGAAACAAUUUUCGAAUUCAAUUGAA